GCCGCCGCCACCCCGUAGGCCCGGCGGGAACUACAACUCCCGGCGGCCCCCGCGCGCAGCCCGCCCUCCCGGGCCGCGCACCCAGCAGCCCCCGCGCGGUGGUGGCGGCGGCCCAGGCAAGCCCGAACGCCAGCGCCGCCAUGGUUCUGCGCCAGCUGCUGCGCGUCCCGGCCCUCCUGCGCGCCGCCGUCGGGCUGCAGCUGCGGAGGAACGUGGGGCUCUCGGCCGUGGCCUUCAACAAGGCGAAGGAGCUCGACCCGGUGCAGAAGCUGUUCCUGGACAAGAUCCGGGAGUACAACACGAAGAGCAAGCAAGCUGGAGGGCCUGUUGAUGUAGGCCCUGAAUUUCAGAAAGACAUGAACGAAUCGCUUGCUAGACUUCAACGGAUGUAUGGUGAGGGAGAUCUAACCAAGUUCCCAGAAUUUAAAUUUGAGGAGCCCAACUUUGAGGAGACUCCGAAGUGAUUUCUGCAGGUUGUACUCCAGACAGCAGUGUACAGUCCAAGGAGUUGCUGAACAUGGCAUCGGUUGUAAUUUAAUAAAUAUGAUGAUUGAUUUCAGAAGUGUGAAGCUCUUAUGUGUAUGAGGAUCCUAGUUGGCUUUAUCAACUUCUAAAGUUAUUGAGGCAGCAAGUAGCGCUUCUCACUGUUAAUAGAUAAACUUCUUUGGCAAAUAAUGGUUUAAUGCUGAGAAGAUAUUACCAAUGGUGAUGCACCUAGAAUAAACUUUUUCUUUCUCCUGA